AUGAGUUCAAAAUCAACCUAUGUUGCUUCUGCUUCUACCUCUAAUGGCUCCAUCUCUGAAAAUGCCACCGUUGAUUCUAAGAUUGAAGUUCCAAAAGAUGAUGCUGAAAUAAUUUGGGAACAUGGAAUUUCAAUUGAUGGUGAAAAUGCAAUCCAAUGCAAGUAUUGUGAUGAAAUAAUAACGGGUGGGCUAUACAGAUUUGCGAUUCACUUGCUUGGAUCUGAACAUGGUAGUGAAGCUUGUCGUAAAGAUGUUAAUGAUGAGGUGGAUGAGGAUGAGGGGGAGGGGAGAAAGUGUGUCGAAGUUGGCAAAAAAAGAAAAGGAAAUAAUGUUGGUGGUGAAAGUUUUGAUUUUGAAGAUAUUUUCAAGAAAAAAACAGAUGGCGCAUUAGCUAGUGGUGAUAAUAAAAAUGAGGAGGAAGCGUGUCGAGCGAUUGCGAGGUUUUUCUACAACAAUUUAAUACCAAUGAAGGCGGUGAAGAGUAUGGAGUUUGUUCGAAUGUGUGAUAUGGUUUCGAGAUGUGGUGUAGGGUUUGUGCCGCCGUCUUUUGAUGAGAUUAAAGGGAAGUAUUUGAGGGAAGAAGUUAAGUUGGUCAAUAAAGCUUUGGACGAUCAUCAUAGAGUUCAAUGGAAGAAAACAGGGUGUUGUAUAAUGGUUGAUGGAUGGACUGAUAAGAAGAAGAGGAGUAUAUUGAAUUUGUUGGUGAAUAGUUUGAAUGGGACAUUCUUUUUGAAGUCGGUUGAUGCGUCAGAUAUGAUGGAAUCGCCUGAGAAAUUGUUUAAGAUGAUGGAUGAUGUUGUUGAAGAGGUUGGGGAAGAAAAUGUUGUUCAAGUUGUAACGGAUAAUACGACUUAUUUCAAAGCUGCUGGUGAGAUGUUGAUGGAGAAGAGGACUAGGUUGUAUUGGACACCUUGUGCGACACACUGCAUUGAGAUGAUGUUGGAAGAUUAUGAGAAAAAGAUACCUGUUUAUGAAGAGAUAAUUACAAAGGGUAAAAAAAUUACAGAUUUUAUUUCUUCGAGGGAUUCUCUCAUUUCUCUAUUGCAUAAGUUUACGGAAGGAAUAGAUUUGGUGAGACAAGGCAUUACUUCUUGUGCCACAACUUACUUAACUUUAGACCGUCUUCAUGAGACCAAGGAAGCUUUGAGAAGAAUGUUCACAUCCAUGGCAUGGAAGUCUAGCCAGUUUGCGAAAACAAGUUGUGGGAAAUUUGUUGAGGAUGUGGUUUUGGACAAGGAGUUUUGGAAAAAUGUUAUGAUUUGUUUGAACGGCGCAAAUCCUCUGCUUGAUGUGCUUCGUUUGGUCAAUACAAUCGAUGAACCAGCCACUGGUUUCAUUUAUGAAGCAAUGGAGAAAGCUAAAGAUGAAAUACGAAGGGGUCUUUCCGAAGGUGGCACCGAAAGGUAA